AUGAGGAAGGUUCAGGGCUGGUGGUUCGAGGGCAGCAUAGGCUGUUCCUCGGUAAACAUAAGCAGGACGGUAAGACAGGCUGUCUCUCUCACACGAGCCUUAGAUGAGGAAGGUGGCUGGUGGUUCGAGGGCAGCAUCGGCUGUACCUCGGCAAACAUAAGCAGGACGCAUCGGCUGUUCCUCGGCAAACACGAGCAGGACGGUAAGACAGGCCGUCUCUCUCACACGAGAGCUUGGAUGAGGAAGGUUCAGGCCUGGUGGUUCGAGGGUAGCAUCGGCUGUUCCUCGGCAAACAUGAGCAGGACGACCUUGGAUGAGGAAGGUUCAGGGCUGGUGGUUCGAGGGCAGCAUCGGCUGUUCCUCGGCAAACAUGAGGAGGACGGUGAAGAGCUACCGUUCCAAGAGAGAGCGAGCUACGUAGCUCGUCGCUGGCAGUGGGAGCCGUGGGUGUUCGCAGCGGCAGCUGACAAGUUGAACAGGAGGAAGUGGCAGGGCAUGAGGAACAAGCGGUUCUCGGCGCUGCGCGUGCAGGGGCUGCCUCGCCACGUCCGGGUCCUGACCCUGGAGCCGUGGAAGGCUGGCUCCGUGCUGCUCCGCCUUGAGAACACCCUGGAGAGGAACGACAGGACCACUCAAAGACUGGAAUUACCGGACGACACGCCGCUGCCGACACACAUCAAUGUGGAACUCAGGAAACUCUUUCAGCAUCUUAAAAUCAAGUCGGUGAGAGAGACUACUCUAGCAGCGAAUCAGUGGCUAGAGGAGGCGAGGCAGAUGGACUGGAGUACCAGAUACGUGUACACCGGCGGGGAUGAUGGUAUUUUAUCAGAAGACGUAGAUUACGUAGAAGAUGAGAAAUCUGCACAUAAGGAUUCAGAAGCUGAGCCAGAACAAGAUUCCGACUUCGCCUCCAAAAGACCCGAGCGACGCAACAAACACAAAAGAACGACCAGAUACGAAAACAGAAAGAAACGAGCCAUAAAUAUAUCUGAAAACUUCGUUGACAACGAGUUUACCGACGAAGCCAGAGAAAUUACUGCAGAGGCUGAAGAAAAAACAAAUGAAUCUGACUUUAACGAUUCUAUAUUCGCGAUUAAUGUCACAGAUGACGAAGAGACGAAAGUGACAACUGAAGGUAAUUAUGAAGAAGUAGAUGUGUCUAUUAAUAAAACAGAUGCUAAGUAUUUUGUACUGGGAGAUAACUCUGGGCUGACGACAGAGAAAACGGUGAAGAGAAGAAAGUUUUCAAGUGAAUUGAAGAAUUCGGACUCUUUUGAAGAUGUAUCAGCGAUACGGUCGAGUCAAAAGGAUGUACAAAGGCAGCCAGCAGAACAUAUCGAUAUCAAUCCCGACGAAACGGACGAUGGAGUCACAAAGUCAAUGUAUGAGAUGUAUUACAAGAAAAAAACUGAAGUCAAACUCAAGAAGACUUUCAAAAAGGCGGUCAAACCUCGCCCGCGUUGGCAAAAGAUAUCGAAGAAGAUUGGCGAAGAUAAGGAAUCAACUGUACGUAGAGAAGAUGAAAUGAAGCCGAUUGCACCUUACGGGUCCAGAGCGUACGUGUACGAGAGUGGAGAAGAGAAACACAGCGAAGAUGAAGUUGAGGACGUGAAUAUGGAGCCAGCUCGGAUGCGCACGCGUCGGCAAAGAGAAGCAGGAAGGAGAAAGAGGGCGGCGGGACGCGCAGCCCUGCCCCGUGAGGACCCGGACUUCGUGGUUACUUUACGCCCCACUCAGAUUCGUACUUUCGUCAUACGCUUCGAGACUUCUAAGAACAAUUAUGUUAUCUAG